AUCGGGAGUUUAAAUGGGUCGAUGGUUUUUCUUAUUCCCUUUCUUAAUUAAUCUGCACCCUUUUUCUUUCCUUUGUUACAUGCCCCCUCCCGUCCCAGGGACUUUAUGAAAAUGCCCCCAGCAUUAAUGUCUCUUAUUCCCUUUGUUCCUUUUUGGGCUUCCGCUCUUCUUUUCUCCAUCCUCUUUUAUUCUCUGUCAUUGUCAUCCAGGCUUAGUACACAGGAACUAGUCAAUUGGAUCUAUCUCUUCGAUUCUUUAUUAUUCAGAAAUCCGAUUACAAUAACUUGGCGCAACGCGUUCCGCGUUGAAAAUAUCAACAACUCUAAGCACCUGCCGGCCCGAUCUAGUCAAUCUAGAGUGCCACUGAUAAGAUACUAUGUAUAUCGAUCAUAAUAUAGGCGUACAUAUGAAAUGGGGGCCGAGCAGAAUUGGUAGUAUUGGAACGGGGUAAUUUAGCCAGGAAUAGAAGCUAUUCAAU